AGACUGAAUGCUGAAUUAGAAUGUUGUAUGCUAAGUUUUUAACGGUUCUAAAGAAGAAAAACUAAAGCUUGAAAACUUCUUUGCAAGAGUGCAACAAGGGCCAAAGCACCAAGUACACUAGAUCUUUACAGACAGCACUCUCUGACAAACAAGAAUCAAGAAAUGUGUUACGAUAACGGUCGGCCUGAAAAUCCCCAGGUUUAGGUUUGGACGUUCACAAUAUUUGCUGGAUCAUGAAAUUUUUGACGAGAAGAAAAGAACUGAUGAAAGAAAAGAAGUGUGAUGUUUCUUCUUGAUGACCUGUAGAAAAUUAGUGUGUAGAUUGUUGUGGGUUUUCAUGAGCUUGGAGUGGGUUUCAGUUCAUCUUCCAGAGUGUGAUACCUGAUAAAUUUCUAUUGCAUUGCCAGGAAAUGUCAGGUUGCUGCCGCCAAAGCAGAUUUGAACUAUAUUGGCUUACAUGGAGAAAUUGGAUGCAUGGUGGAUGGUGCUGGGCUGGCGAUGGCUAUGAUGGAUAUAAUUAAGCUGCAUGGGGGUACACCCGCCAAUUUUCUAGAUGUUGGUGGGAAUGCCUCAUAAAGCCAGGUAUUUGUUGCAAAUUAAAGGUUAUUUGGUGUUCCAUACAUGUCUGCUGAAUAAGGAUUUCUUUAAAUCCUCCUUGUUCAACCGAGUAGACACCCCCCUUCUCUUGUUGAAGCAAAACAUGGUGAUGAGGAUUGAUUGCAAGAUGUCCAUGCUUCAUGGAGUUCCAAGUGCACACCAUAAUACAUCUAUUGCAUGCCUGGCAUUUAUGUGUGUUAAUGUAGAUUGUCAAUUUGAAGGGCUACCACAUGGAUUGUGGAUGGCCAGAGCUCAGAAAGCAAGUUGAUUGCCUAUCAUGGUCAUCCUUUUAGUGGCCUGAAAAAUGAGAGCACUUGUGUAUGGCAACCGAGACUAUCAGCUUGGUGGCUACCACAUGGAUCAUGGAUGGCUGGACCUCAGAAUGUAACUCGAUCAAACUCAUAGUCAUCUGAUUAGUUGCCUAAAAGGGAGAUGGUUAGCUCAAAUAAUGAGCAGCAGUCUCCAUUCAGCUACAAAACUCGCGACAAUUGGAUGGUCAGAGAUGUUCAAUCUCUGUAAAAAUUCGGAUGGAGAGUAUGUUGAGUUUUAUCAGCCAUUGCUUUCGUCGAUCCUAAGAGAGUCGUUGGUUGAUUCAGAAACAUCCGGCUGUAAUUCCACUCCAUCAGUCUGUUUUUCACUAUUUUUACAAUACACGAAGCAAUUGUCGAGGUUGAGCUCGCGUCUGGAAUUUGGAGUGUCUGAUGGAAUCGAAGACGAAUACUCUGAUGAAUUUACACUUUUGAGGUUCGAAAAUGAAGAGCAUGAAGAGAGCUACAAAAAGCUCAGGAACAGGGAGAGGAGACACGAGUAUCGACACAACUAUGCCAAGGAAUACGGCCCGACGACGGAGUAUGGAGAUGUUGUGCUCCAGCAGCGGCUGCUGAUGGUGAAUUGGAUUAUCGAGAAACGUGAGUUGCAAUCAACUUCAAGGCGAAUUGGGUGGCCAAUUUGGUGGACAACUAACUGGUCUCUCAACAUUAGUUUCCUUUUUCAGAUACACUGUAGAAGCCCUGGAGAUGCUGUUGUUGCCCAUGGUAAAAGAUGGUACCCAGGCUCUUGGCUCAAAGGGAAAUGAUGCUCCUUUGGCUAUGAUGUCCAAUAGAGAGAAACUUACAUUUGAGUAUUUCAAGCAGAUGUUUACUCAGGUUACAAACCCACCGAUUGAUCCGAUCUGAGAGAAAAUAGUCACGUGGAAGGGGACCUUACGGAAACAAUUCAUGUGGAAGGCUAUGUGGCAGUUUAUUUGUUUUGAAAACUUUAAAUAGGCCAUUAAUUUUGUUGAUUGUUGUCUUGAUGGAUGUUAAAUGGGUGAAACAUGCACAUGUUCAAUCAUUGGU